CUUCUUUUUUUCAUUCCCCGCUUUUCUUUCUUUUCUUGUUCCCUCGUUUUAUUCUCAUUCCCUCUAAAUUCUUCACAAAGCGAACAAUUUCCUCCCAAAGCCCUAAAUGACCAUCAAGUCUUUCCUCCGCCCCGGAAAUCGCCUCCACCAUAGUCGAUCUGCAUCGCUCCUCUUUGAAGCCUAUGAAAGGAAAACCUAAUCAGAAAUCACAUCCUUGUCGGCUUUCCUCUCGGUCCGUCUCCCUUCCUUGUUGACUUGCCACUUAAUUCCUAUCUAACGCCUUUCGAUCUAUUGGUUCAUCAUAUACUGUUGAUUUAGAUCGUACAACUACUCAGCAGCAACAGCGGCGCCAAUCACCAGCGGUGUCAAUCACCUGAUAGGGUAGCGGCGGCGGUUCUGUUCCGGAACACUUUGAAAACUUUUAGUAAUUACAAAAAUUACUAAAACGAAAACGCACAACGAAAGAAAGAAAUCGAAAACGCACAACAAAAGCAAGAACGGUGGGUAGCAGCAAACAACUGAAAUCGACAGCUCCAAAAUGUUUGAAGGUUCCAAAAACGAUACAAACAUCAAUCCCCGAUGUUAGGUAAAUCAACUUACUAUUGGCUAAUACAUCUUCAAAAAAUUAGGGUACACAGGAUGACAAAUUGAAAAUCAUUACCAACUCUAAGCUUUUGGUAGGACUAGGAGGGGUAAAAUUGUCCAAUUAAAGACUUUAGCAUAUAAACAACACAGAGAACAACAGGUAUGUGCUUCAUGUAGCUCUUCGUGCUUCAAAGGACACAGCUAUAAACAGUGAUGGAAAGAAUGUUGGAGAGUAUUUCAAACCUUGUAUGGAUGGUAUGGAAAACAAAAGUCACUCUGCUCUUCAUGGUGCAGAAGCUUUUCUCUUUUAUUGAUCAGACCUCAGGAAGUUCUUCUGCCAGGUCACUUGGUUACAAUAUAUGUUAAGGAAAAGCUUCAGGAAUGGCUGCUAAAAUCUAAAAAACUACUUCAAGAUGAAGCUGAUAAUAGAAAGAAAAACUUUCAGUUUGGAAGUUUAGAUGAUGUGAAGAAGGCAUUUGAUAAGAAUCCUGCAAAACAAGUCGGUUCAGCCGUUGAAAAUAUGUUGAAGACCGGAAGAUUGGUAACCAAUCAGUUGACUCUUGAUCUGAAAGAGAAAGCUGGUAUGACAGUUCAAGCAGAAAGGCUUAAUUUUCUCAGAUUUUUAUCACAUUUUAGAGUUGUUCAUAGAGGUUCUUCACUUGCAUGACUUCGUACUACAAGUGUGCGCAAAUUGUUGCCAGAGUCAUGGGGUUUUGUAUGCAUGACACGCCAGAUGGCGCUCCAUGUGGACUGCUGAAUCAUUUGACUGCCUCAUAUCCUUUCUUGGUCCAUUGUUUGUGCACACUGCUCUUCAAACUAAUCCAGAAGCUAGUAAAUCAGCUGGAGGACGCCAACUUCGCUUUCUUGCAAAAUGUUGAUCCAGUUGAUGUUGCAAGAAAUAUUAUAGGCUUGGAUCCCGAGACAACUUUAGUUGUUGUAGUCUCCAAGACUUUUACUACAGCUGAGACUAUGCUGAAUGCAAGGACAUUCAUGGAAUGGAUCUCAUCUACUUUAGGGCCACAAGCUGUUUCAAAGCAUAUGGUUGCUGUUAGCACAAAUCUCAAGAAUGAUAGGAAAUCUGCAACUAUGGAAAGAAAGAUGGACAAGCUGUGCGAAUCCUGAAAACGAUUUUACACAAAAGAUACUAAGGUUGGUUGCAUGCGAUCAAAAAAGGGCCAAUGGCACUAGAGACCAUGAAAGUUUUGGUGUGGUAGAUGGCCCAAAAUGUUCAAUACAAAUGUUCAAAGAUAAAACCCCAAAAGAGAAAUUUCUGAAGACCAAUAUGCAAACACGGAUAAAGUAAGUAGAACUUUGUUAGCCUAAUUCCAUGGGAUUUAACGGGAAUCAGAAUCCAAUUCCAUUAUUGAUCCUUCUUUCGGAUGCAAGAUGUAUGUAGAAAUGCAAAAUAUGAGAUGAAAUUGAGAUUAUGGUACAUUAUACAUGGA